AUGCAACAACAGCGUCGACGACCACCUUUGGCAGAUUCACCUGUUACCCAAAAUAACCAUACGAAUAGACCUGUUCGUCAAUCGAGUCGCAGUGUGCCACCAAGUCAAUGUUUCGGAUGUAAUCAACCCAUGUACAAUCAAUUUAUUUCGAAUGUUCUCGAUCAUCUUUGGCAUCCUGAAUGUGUCCGAUGUUUUAUUUGUCGUUGUGUCUUGAAUGAACAAUGUUACUCGCGUGAAGGAAAAUUGUAUUGCAAAGAUGAUUUCAUUAAAAAAUAUAUUCAUCGUUGUUUUGCAUGUCAAAAUCUUGUACAAUCUCAUGAAUUUAUCCGUCGAGUACGUGCUGGUCGGAUAUAUCAUGCCGCUUGUUUUGCCUGUUCGAAAUGCAAACGAGAAUUAACGGAUGAUGAUAUUACUGUCUUGCUCAAACCUGAAGGUGCAACGUUAGAUGAUUCGGAUUGUAUGUGCCAAGCAUGCAUCAAUCCAAGCAAGAUCACUGACGAAACAACUUCUUCAUUAAAUGGAGAAGAAAAUAAAACGAAAGAGAACGGAGUUGUCAAUGGAGUUAACGGAAAAGCAUCGCCCACGUCUGUAAAUAACGAAGAAAAACCGAUACCAAAUGGUACAUCUCAUACGGAUAAUCACAUCGAUGAACAUCAAUCGAUGGAAGUUGAUGAACCUCCUCCUCAAGUUACUAAGCCAGCCGCAUCACCUGCCAAAGAAUCGUCCCCAUAUUCGAGUCCAGCCACACCACCUGCGAAAAGUACGGGCCGACAAUCGAAAGUUCGACAAAGUACAAGUAGUAAUGGCAGUAAACGUUCGCCAGCAAAAGCUAAAACAACCCCAGUGUCUCGUCAAAAGCAGACCACAGGCAAUGAAAGAAAAGGUCGUUCACCAGCAACGCGGUCAAAAGCGUCGGCUGGAACACCGUCAGCGUCACAACGACGAUCAAGUAAUCGUCGCGCAACAAAAUCAACACGCUAUCGUAAACGAAGUUUCUCAAGCGGUAGUGACGAAGAAGAAACCGAAGAUGAAGAUGACGACGAUACCGAUUUCACCGAAGAAGAUAAUAUGCCAGAUAAUGAACACGAAACUAAUCAUUCGCCGGCGGUGAAAACUAAACCUUCAACAAAUUCGAACGAGAAAAAACCUGCAACAGAACCCACGCCACCAGUUGUUUCACAAGCGGCAGCCAUACCUCCACUACCAGCACAGACUGCAUUGAAUCCGUCACUGUUGUCGCAAACGAAAAUGUCAGAACCUCUAUCACUAUUGAGUGGACUUGCAGCAAAUCCAAUGUCAAUUUCAUCAAUUAUGAAGCCUGAUACAGCUCCUAGUUUCAUGCCACCCAAUUUCAAUCCAGCAUUUCCCAAUCCUGCACAAUUCUUACCGCCUGGCUUUCCACUACAACCAAGAUUACCAAUGCCACCGCCACCAGUACCAGCGUCAUCUUCAUCAUCAUCAUCCACAGCAGCGGUACCCACUUCUCAACCACCAGCAUCUACAUCUGAUACAAAUCGUACGACAAAUGGAUCGGAUACUGAUUCACUUGACCGUUCAUCGAGUCCCUCACAAAUGGAUGUGUCGACAAAUGCUGAGCCAGGCACACCAGCACGUCCACCAUCGCCAUCGAAAGGCUCACGACCAUCAACUUCCACUACGAAACCAUCGGCACUUUCUUCUCUGCUAGAAUUCGGAACAAUACCACCCUCAACUCUUGGUGAUAUACGCCCAUCGAAUGCACCGCCAAACCCAUUUCCUUUUCCAUUCAUUACACCUGGACCAGGUGUACCAUUUUCUCCCCAAGCAGCAGCUGGCAUGGCUACUUUCUAUCGCCCACCAUUCGGUACACCCGCACCGCAAUCAACUACAAUGCCGCUCGAUAUGAGUCACUCGAAUUCACAAACAUCAAAGCAGAAAUCGGACGUCAAUGAUAACGAAGAAGUAGUUUCACAAAACUUAUUUGAUGACUCAUCGGCAUCAUCGGCGUCACCCAAAAAGAAGGCACGAAAGUCGAAUGCACGAAGUAAAUCAAAAACAAAGAAGAAUGAUACUGAUGGAGAGAACGAUAUCGAUGAUGAUAAUCCAUCGCCGCCACCGCCGCAGCCUGCAGAAAACAAAAAGAAGAGAAAGAAGAAAUUGAAACCAGAUGCAACUGAAAAUGGAAAUACAAAUGAUAGUGAAGAAGGCAAGGCUAUGAAUGGAAAUGCAAACAAUCAUUCACACAAUCUUCUGGCUCAGAUGGGUUUGCUCAAUAGUUCCUUUAUGCCACCACCGGCUGGCGCUAACGGAGCGACAACGAAUGGUAAGACACCAACUCCUCAACAAGCUCAACUAGCAGCUUUGUAUAAUAUGGCUCCACACUUCGCUGCUUACAAUGCGUUUCCAGGUGCUUUCAAUCCUGCGUUUGCUGCCGCUUAUGGUGGUGGAUUUCCUCCGCCUUAUGGAUUUCAUCCUGCUUUCGGUGCUCCAACGCCAGGCCAACCGUUUCCUUUCAUGCCGCCAACCGCUACGCAUCCAGGAGGAUCGCCAUUUAACAACGAUGACAAAACUUCUUCUACAAAUGCACCUGAGACUAAAUCAGGCAAAUCACGAAGUAAAGCUAACGCCAGUGGCGAAAAGAAAAAAGCAUCAACACCUCGUUCAAACAAGAAGAAAUCUCUCGUACCACCCACAGAUCUUUCCUUGCCAAUGGAAGGUGAACUAGGAGGGUAUCCUACAGCUUCGGAAGCAACACCCCCUGUCGCAAACACACCUGAUUCGACUUCGACACCAACCAGACGACACAUGAGUGGUACUGAAAGUGACGAUCCCGAUGAGCCACAGUUACAUUCUCAAACAACAAAUGGCAAGUCAGGAAACGAAUCCGAUGAUUCGGCAUGUGAGGGAGAUCAAUCAUUAAAUCCAAUCCCAUCAGCAUCUUCCUCAGCAGCGCCUGAAAAGAAGGGUGCUCGUACAACAAUCAAGCCACAACAACUAGAUAUCUUGUGUAAAGCGUACGAAUCGUGCUCAAAGCCGAAUAAAUCUCAACGUGAACAAUUGGUGGCUGAAACUGGUCUGAAUCUACGAGUGAUCCAGGUAUGGUUUCAAAAUCGUCGAUCGAAGGAACGUAAAGGCAAAACACCAAAAGAAAAAGGAGCAGCAUUAGAUGACGAUGAGAUCGGUGAUGACUCACAACCUUCACCUCCAGCAACUACGUUUGAACCCGGCUCAGUUAAUGAAACUGAAACAUAA